UAAUGCAUUUAACCAAAAUGAAUGCACUGGGGAACGUACUUGCGAAUAUUGUAUUUUGACCGAAUUCUGACACUGACAACUCAACGUUAUGUGGUGGAGUAUUUAAGACCUUGUCCUUUCAAAUAAAAGUUUUUAGUUGCGUGGAGUUUUUAAGUGGACAGUGCUAAAAUGAAUUCGCAAAACGAGUAUAUUUCCAAGGCAGAGGACAUCGCUGACCAGGUUCAAAGAAAACUGAAACACAUUCUCCCAACAUUAGCACGUCUGUGUUUAAUUUCAACAUUCUUUGAAGAUGGAAUCCGAAUGUGGGUCCAAUGGAAUGAGCAAAGAGAAUACAUGAAUAUGUCUUGGGGCUGUGGAUACUUUUUAGCGACUGUUUUUGUAUUAGUUAAUUUAGUUUUUCAAUUGGGCGGUUGUGCGAUGGUUAUAGUCAGAUUCAGAGUGGAAAUUGCUUGUGGAAUACUCAGCUUUAUCGUUAUCCUACAGACCAUCGCUUACAGUAUUCUCUGGGACGUGCAAUUUCUGUUUAGGAAUUUUGCUUUAGGCGGAGCAUUAUUACUUGUUCUAGCCGAGAGCAAGGGAGAAGCGAAAAGUCUAUUUGCUGGCGUUCCAAGUCUUGGCGAUAACAAGCCCAAAAACUAUCUGCAACUCACCGGCCGAAUCCUUUUGGCAUUCAUGUUCAUCACUUUAAUUAGAUUUGAGAUGAGCUUUUUACAAAUUUUGCUUGAUCUUUUGGGAUCUGCGCUAAUGGUUCUAGUCACGGUUGGUUACAAAACGAAACUAUCCGCGUUACUUUUAGUUCUUCUAUUGACGACGCUGAACUUUUAUCACAAUGCUUGGUGGAACAUUCCCGACUAUAAGCCAUUGAGAGACUUUUUAAAAUACGACUUUUUCCAAACCCUGUCUGUAGUAGGCGGAUUGCUCAUGAUUGUGUAUUUGGGUCCUGGAGGCGUAUCCAUGGAUGAACACAAGAAAAAAUGGUAGUUACGAGAAAAUGCGUUAAACUUACCUGAUUUAGAUAUAAUGCCAUUGAAGGUGAGUUGAGCAGGGAACAUGUUAAAGAUUUAUUUUAAUUUAUGUUCUACACUACUUUGACUUUUUAAUUUAAGACUUUUGACAUAGUUUGCAUAGAGUCUUUAAGCUACUUAAUUAAAAACAAAAACAUGGAUCAAUUAUAAGGCGCGAUGUAAGGUUUUUAUUAAGGAGGUAAAGGCUUCUAUGUGCUUAAUAGCUGAAAAAGUUACUUCAAAUCCUUAACACACAUGACAUGGUAGUAUGUGCGUCCUUUUUUUUGUUUUACUUACAAAGCUGUUUUUAUUUUAUACUUAAUUAUGCUUAUGGGUGAGAUAGUGGCGUCAAUCUAAGAUGGUACUAAGUUGUGUAACACACCUGCUUUUCAAGUCGCAACAUGACUAUACGGAACAAUUUGAAUAUUUACUUGCAGAUUAUGUAUACAUACAUUAUAUUUAAUUAUUUAUAACUUUCCUUUUGUAUAUACUUUAUUUAAGCUUAACGCUGUUAAUACAGUUAGCUGAUGAAAAUCAUUUGACAUAUAAGCGCUCACAAGUGGUACGGACAUCUUCCAUAAUUUUUUGUUGGUAAUUGUUUUUAUUGAAGGAUGCAAAAGAGAUGUAUAAUUGGGUUACUUUAGAUUUAAAUAAAAUUCAAUAUUUUUUAGUAAAA